UAACAAAUGUGACAGACAGAGGAAGAAAGAUUGCACAACAAGCGGGAGACAAAACCUGCCCAAAGACAAAGGUUUACAUGAAUAACUGACAUAAGAUUCAACAAAUGGACUCUUGAGACACUAAAACAAAUAACUGAGGAUUUAGUAGACCAGAAGGAAGACAUAGCAUUUCAGGAGGAAAACAUCUGGAAGCUGAGCUUGCUACCAUCCUACAGAAACACUGAAGGUCUUCAGUCCAUCAGCUCUUCAGUCCUUCGGUCCAUCAGCUCUUCAGGUUUUCAGAGGAAAAUGGCUGUUAGCUCACCGAAAGACAAGUAUUUAUGUGUGUGGCUGAUCUUCUUCCUGCUCGGUUUGGGGACACUGCUGCCGUGGAACUUCUUCAUGAAUGCUACCAUGUACUUCACCAGCCGUUUGAAGGACUCAUCUUCGGUCAAUUCUUCAGCCAAUCAGACGGAGGCAGAAGGUGAACAUCGCAGUGUUUUGGAGGCUAAAUUUAACAAUGUGAUGACACUGUGCGCCAUGCUGCCGCUGCUGCUCUGCACCUGCCUGAACUCCUUCCUGCACACUCUUAUUUCUCAGCAUCUGCGUGUAAUGGGAAGUCUGCUCAUCAUUAUGUUCAUCUUCACCAUCACUGCCGUCCUUGUCAAAGUUCCUCUGGAGCCGCUGCCAUUCUUCUCUAUUACCAUGGUGAAGAUUGUCAUCAUCAACUCCUUUGGGGCGGUGCUGCAAGGUAGUCUGUUUGGGAUGGCCGGUUUGCUGCCGACUUCUUAUACGACUCCCAUCAUGAGUGGUCAGGGACUUGCCGGAACCUUCGCUGCCUUUGCCAUGAUCUGCGCCAUCGCAAGCGGAUCUGAACUUCAUGAUGCAGCGUUCAGUUAUUUCAUCACGGCUUGUGUUGUCAUUUUUCUGUCCCUCCUUUCCUACGUCCUCCUUCCCAAACUGGAGUUUUUCCAGUUUUAUCAGGACAAAAACCGGAAGCAGAGACCAGACAAGGAGAACUCAGUGAAUCUGAUGAACACAGAGAGUAAAGAGGAAGUUCCCGGACAGACCACACAACAGAAUGUGUCCAUGGUGAAAAUAUUUAAGAAGAUCUGGCUGUUAGCUCUCUCUGUCUGUUUCACCUUCACCGUCACCAUCGGCACAUUUCCCGCCAUCACUGUUGACAUCAAAUCCACCCUCAAUGACAGAGGUUCCUGGGACCUGUACUUCAUCCCAGUCAGCUGUUUCCUGCUCUUUAACUUGUGUGACUGGGCCGGGCGAAGCUUAACAGCCAUCUGUAUGUGGCCUCAGAAGGACAGUGUGUUACUUCCUGUGUCCAUCGUGUGUCGCCUGGUCUUCAUCCCUCUCUUCAUGCUGUGUAAUGUCCAACCUCGUCUCCACCUGCCUGUCUUCUUCCACCAUGAUAGUUUCUUCAUAGUCUUCAUGAUCAUCUUCGCCUUCAGUAACGGAUACCUGGCCAGCCUCUGCAUGUGUUACGGACCAAAGAACGUUUCUCCUUAUGAAGCAGAAACAGCUGGAGCCAUCAUGGCUUUCUUUCUGUCUCUGGGUUUGGCUUUAGGAGCUGCUCUAUCCUUUCUCUUGAGAGCACUGGUUUGACUGGGAAAACUCCUGGUUGUUACUGGUCUAAAGCUUUGAUUAAGACUUUUCUGUUCAGGAUUGAUUUUGUCAUUACAGCUGACUGUCAAACCUUCAGAAGAAUUGUUUUAUAAGCAGUUUGUGGUUGAAGAUGAAGCUGAAACUGAUGAAGUUGAGCAGUUCAACAGACCAUCAGGUUAUUUUUGAUUUAGUCCUGAUGGUGGCGUUCAUCCUCAGGAACAUAAAUAUUCAUAUUUAUCUGUUAAAGACACACACCAUGAGACCUCUGAUAUUUACACAUAUCAAUGUUUAUUAGUGUCGCCGUUAUAUUCAUGUCUGAGAAUGAUGUUUCACAACAACAUCAGAAGCAGAUCCUUCAGCUGAUGCUUUUAAUUUGACAGACAUCCCAGGACGCUGCUCUUAUUUUUGAAAGUGCUGUCAGAGGGGUUUUAAAUGUCAGACAUAAAAAUAAACACAGCUGAGAUCAGUGUUAAAUUUAAGGUGGACUGACAUGUUUCUGUCUGGGCUUUUAUUUUGUCUGUUGAACGUUGUCAUGCCUGAAAUAAAACUGACUUCAGUGGA